AUGAAUAGUGCUGUGGAAUUCUCAAAGAAUACUUUCAAAAGAACUAAGGGACAAUUAACCAAGAAUUUCACAGAAAUAAGUAAUUGGUUAAAUCGUAAUGCUAAAGCUACAAGUGAUGUAGAUUAUCCAGCAUAUGGUGUAACAGGGCCAAACAAAGAAAGAGUUCCCUCCCCUGGUGAUCGUAAAUUGGCCCAGAGUGCUCAGAUGUAUCACUAUCAACACCAAAAACAACAAAUGAUUGCCAUGGAGAAGGCUAAUGGUGAGAUGAAACAUGAUGCUAGUGAUGGCAAAUGGGCUAAUGGUGAGAUGAAACAUGAUGCUAGUGAUGAUGAAUCUGAAGAAGAGAAUGAAGAAGGAGAUUAUACUGUAUAUGAAUGUCCUGGAUUAGCUCCUACUGGAGAAAUGGAGGUUAAAAAUCCACUAUUUAACGAAGAGAGUCAAGUUACUGGAGAUGAUGAUCACAAAGAUCAUAAUUAAAAUGAUCUCCAUUGGUGUCACAUGACUAUCACAUGAUCUAGUCACCCCCUCUAUUGUGUAUUUUAACAUCCCUUUUUGUCAAGUGCUAUGUAUGUGUUUGUUCCCCUCUUUCUCUGUGAUUUUAUUGUCUGGUGUAAUAAGAAAAAAAUUCUUUAAAAAAAAAAUAUAUUGAUUAAUUUUGUAUUUUCAGUAAAUUUUUUAAUCAACCCUUUUAGGAAAUGAAACACAUCAUACGCUUCAGAAAGAACAUAAACAUAGGGUAAAUUUUGCUCAAACCCAAGUGCAUAUUCUAAAAAUAUAAUUUACUGAUAGUAUUUAUGUUACUAUGUUUUUGUUUUUAAUGAUAUUAUAAAUUUAAUAUUUUAAAUCAAAAACUAAAUAUAUUUCUGCAAAAAAACAAAUUGAACACAAACACAGAUUAUAGCUACUCAAUUAUUAUCUUUAUUUUCUUUCAUUUCAUCUCAUUAAUCUGGAUCUCACACACUAAAAUAUGUGACUUCAUCCUUAAAACUCAAUUAGAUAUUUCACUAUCUGUUUAUAUUCGAAUUCCAACUCUAAUCGCCUUGAACAAUGUGAUUUUAUGAAAUGGCUGUAUUCUAUUAUAAAACAGUUGAGUUUUUCAAGGAUAAGUCUCCAAUAAUAUUGUAAUAAUUUGUAGAUAUUAUAAAGGUAUAAGGUAUGAUUUUACUUAUUCAGGGUUAGUUUGUGUUCUCAAUAACAACACAUAGUUCAUAUCUUAUUAUAGAAAUAGUGCUCAUAGGUAAUAACUUAUUCUAUAUCAAAAUACUGGCAACAGAUAACUUUAUUUUAUUCAAUUUAAAAGAAGGCAUUUCUUGACAUUAUUUUGAAUGAUAGAAAUAGGAUUGUCCUAUUUAAUAGCAUAAUAAAUUAAUUUUGUGUUUUAUCUCUUUCUCUAAAUAUAAUAUAUAUGUUAUAAUAGCAGGUCAUGACAAAUAGCAUUAAAAAACCUAUAAAUUACAGGACAAUUCUGUCUCUUGACCUGUUUUCUUGUUUCAAAGGACCAUAAUAUACUUCUGACAUAGGACCAAACUCUCUCUAUUGUAUUUAUUUUACAAUGGUUGACAUAUUUUACAAAAUUUAUUCUGCUAAAUAUAGAUAUAUUAAAUAGUUUUGAAAAUAGAAAAAAAUGAUCCUUUUAAUAAAUCAAAAUUGUUUUCUUGUUAAGAAUGUUGAUAUUUUAUUUUUUUGUUGAAAAUCAUGGCUGUGAAAUUUGUUUCCAACUUUUCUUCAUUCCUUUUUGUUGAUUUAUGACUUCAUUCCAUUAAAGAAGUAAGGAAUUUCAACCUGUUUCAGGUUCUAAGUUUAACAAGUUGUGUACAAUUCUUGGUACAUUAUAACGAAUGAUUGUUGCUGUGAUAAUAAAUUCAAACUAAGUAUUGACUAACAAAUCUAAAACCUAAAUGUAAGAUUUUUUGUGAAGUAAUAUCGGAAAAUUAAGAGCGUAAAAAUGUCAUUUCAGAAAUCAUUUACAGUGUAGUAAUAUAACCUUACAAAUGAUGUCAUAGGAGACAUUUUUAUUCCAGCUGAAAUAUUUUAAUUGUACAAAACAAAAAAAAUUGCAAAAAUAGCAAAAUAUUGUUUCAGCUGAUUUUAACACUGUGCAAUAAAGUUUCAGACUGUAAUAUUGAUAUUGGUAUUUAUUCAAUAUAGAAUAUAUGUACAUAGAACUUGUAUUAUUUUGUUGAACUUUUGUAAACUUGCCUAUUGGAUUCUUCGCAAAAAAUACUUGAGUGAAAAUUCUUUUUUAAAAUUUCGAUUAUUCAAUUAUAACAAUAAAAUUUCACAAAAGAUUGUUCACCAAGCAGUUCAGAUAAGAUAUUUAUAUCCAGUAGGUAGGUAGGGUUGUCUAAUUAUUGUUAUUUAUAUGCUAAGGUUAAAGUUCAGAAUUAGUACCAAGAUAACGUACUAUCUUAAAUUCCGCCAUAUUAUUCAGAUUCAGUUAGAAAUUAUUUCUGAACAUAUUUGUUUUUAUUUCCAUAGCAACUAACCUGAUUUUACCAUGGUUACUGGUUAUUAUAGUUACUGUUGUCAAGAUAAACAAAUAUAUAGAUAUUAUAUAUAGUACUUAAUCAUGUAUCUAUUCUGGUUUUGUGUUGUAAGUUUUGUUUCAUAUUGCAAAUUGUUUCCCUUUUCGAGCAAAAGUUAUGUGACAUCAAAAGUAUAAUUUACUGUUUUCAAAGACUAAAUUUCUAAAUUUUUGAUAUUUGUUGCAUAUUUAUUGGUCAAAUAAAACUUUAACCUAUUGUUUUCAGAUACAGAAUUUUCAAAAGCUAAAAAAUUAUUAAGAUAGUUAUCAAUAUGUUUUUGUUAUUAUUACAAAGGUCACAAAUAUUGUAAAUUACAAGGUGAUGGAUGGAUUAUUUUAAUAGUAAAAUGUGUUUUGAUGAUCAAGUCAGUUUUUUGCACUGUGUUGGGAUGAGGUUUCAUACAGGUUUCAAGAACCUGAAUCAUAUUGGAUAGACCAUCUCCAUUAGUUAUCUUAAAUAACUGAUAUGCAUGAAUUGAAUGUAAAUUAUUUUGGGUUGUAAUGGAAAUUGGUAUAAAUUAGGGCAUUUAAAAGGAAUAUUUGAUGAUAAUAAUGUUGUGUGGUAAAGUAUUAUAUCACUGCCUAUAUUAAUGAAUCUCUGUUGUAAAAAUAUCUCUAAACAGUUGUAUUGCAAUCUGAAAUAAAACUUUAUUCCCCUAUAUUGACUUGUUAGCAAAUCAAAAUAAAUUUAUAAAUAAAU